GCGUCGAGUCCGUUGGAGCACGUGCAGCUGUCGCGUCGCGUGGGGGGGGUCCUUUGGCUCGCGAUGCUGGGCCCGUUUGAAUGUGUCCAGCAGCUGCAGCCGACGCCUCCAUUGUCGGAGCCUGUGCAAAGCGGAGCGCGUGCGCGAGCGCGAGAAGGGAGCAGCCAUGCCCGUGCAGCGGGGCCGAUCGCGCGCCAGGGAGAGGGACAACGUCCUCAACCGGCCCGAGUUCAUGUCCCUGAGCCAGGCCGCGAGGGGCCCUCAGGAGGGGAGGGCUUCGCUGAGGAGGGCCGGCGGGCAGCAGCAGCCGCCGCCGCCGCAGCAGCAGCAGCAGCAGCAGGCCCCGUUGGCGAUCGAGGGCAGGGAGUGCCCGCCGCUGCCCGAGGAGGACUGCAUGCAGCUCAACCCGUCGCUCCGGGGGAUCGCCGUCAACUCGCUGAUGGCCAUCGACAUCUGCCUGUCCAAGAGGAUCGGGGUCUGCGCCAGCAGCUCCUCCGCCUGGAGCAGCGCCAGGCCCAUCGUCAAACUCAUCGGGGUGACCGGCCACGGGGUGCCCUGGAUCGGGGGCACCGUCUUCUGUCUGACCAAGAGCAGCACAGCAGCCGGGCAGGAGGUCAUCUUCAAUCUUCUGUUCGCCUUGAUCCUUGACCUGCUAGUGGUGGCAGCAGUGCAGAAGAUGGUGAAGAGAAAGGCUCCUUCGGAGGUGAGUCCCAGCCUGCUGGAUUAUGUCGUCAUGGAUGUCUUCGCGUUCCCAGCUGGACAAGCCAGCAGAGCUGUCAUGGUGACUCGAUUCUUCUUCAGCCAUCUGGUCCUAGCUGUGCCCCUGCGGAUCCUCUUAGUGAUCUGGGCUGGAGUCAUCGGCAUCUCCCGUGUCAUGAUUGGUCGGCAUUACCUGACGGACGUCUUCUGUGGAUUUUUCAUUGGGUACUUGCAGUUCAAUUUGGUGGAGCUCCUAUGGAUACCAUCUGGUACCUGUCAGCACCUCAUCUCAGUCAUCUCAAUCUGAUAGGGCACCUGGAGAAGCUGGAAAGCUGACAGGGGGCUUGGGUGGGGGGGUGGGGAUCAGGGGGAAUAUCGGGACACCCCUGUUAAAGGUAAGAAGAUCUCAAAGCUUGAGACCUUCUGUGGUUGGCAGCCCAUUUUUCAGAGAAAGGCAAAGACAGUUCUGCUCUGCCGUGUGGAUACUUUAGAAAAUUGUGUUUCUUGACAGGGCAUUGUGAAAGUUCAGAAGAUUUGCUUGCAUUUUGUUGGAGAGAAGGUUAGCUGCGGGUGGGUGGGGGUUGGGGUUUUGUGUUGUCUGCCAAUGGAUGCAUUAGUAAUUUGUGAAGAACCUUCCGAAAAGGAAACUCAUUCGUGGUCAUGAUUACAACAGAAACAUCAACUUGCAGGAAUUGUAAAGGGAUAUGAUAGUUUUCCAGUGCCACCAGAAUGUAGCAGUGUGUCUUUAUCCUCACCGUUCCUUGCUUUAUUUUGAAGUUGUCCUAUCUACAAGGUGUGUCACUGCCCUGCAACUCUCACAGGCCCAUCGACAGAAAUCAAAACCAUCGAGCUCUCAGACUUUGAUCCAAUGAGGCAAAGCCAGUUGUACACCUGGUGCCAGUUCAUUGGUCAGCCCGGGGGUCUUGAGAACCCAUUGGCUAGACCUGGUGUCAGUCCAUUGGUCAGCCCAUUGAUCUGGAACGACUCCACUGGACAGUCCAACAGAUCUGGAAAGAUUCCAUUGGUCAGCCCGACAGAUCUGGUCCUAGCUCAUUGGCUAGUUGAACACAUCUGUUAAAAGCCUAUGAACCAGAAUAAGACACUGAUGGCUUAAAGCUGAAAAGCCAUUGAAUACAAUCUGAAAUUUGUAUUAAUUGCGGUGAUCAUGAUCAACUGGAUUCUGAGUUU